AUGAAUAAUUUCUCAUCAUUUAUACUAUUAACACUUUUAAUUCUAUUAUUUUGUUACAAAUCACUCGAAAUUAGUGAAAAAAAUUUAGUUGAUUCUUUAAAUGCAGAGAAUGUUCCAGUACCAGUAGUUUUAAAUGAUGAAGAAGAUAAACAUAUUAUAGAAAAAAGACAACGUAGUAGAAAACAAAAAAAAAAACAAAAAAGAGCAAAAAGAAAUAGAAGACAACUUCUUGCUUCUAUAAAUGCUAUAAAUUUACAAUUUGCUGCAUUAAGUCGACAAAUUAGUAGUCUUCAAGUUCAAGUAUCAAAUUUGGCGACAACAACUACAACAACAAUGGCACCAGGAAGACGUUAA